AUGGCCCCCGGACUAGUGGAAGACUUCGUCGAGCCCCGUCAUGCUCUCUGUAUUUCCAGAUGGAUUCAAAACAUCCGGCCAACACCCCCCAUAUAUUCACUGAUUCGGUCCUAUGCCGAUUUCCCCAAGACCCUUACCGGCCCUACAGUGUGGAAAGCCGAGGACUAUCGCGAGAAUCCUGAGCUUUGGACACAUCAGUUCACCGCAGAGGAUAUCGUAGAGAUCAGCGAUGCUGCAGAUCAGUUUACACAAACCGGGACCUCUUUGACUGGAAUAUCGAAGCGGCUGGAAAAGCUUAGGCAAGAUCUGAUCAAUGGGAAAGGAUUCUUUCGCUUUCGAGGACUUCCUGUUCAGAAGUGGGAUCUUCAGAAAUGCGCAACAGCCUAUAUGGGCCUUGGCACAUACUUAGGCUACUUCGUCAGUCAAAACGGCCGUGGUCAUGUCCUUGGUCAUGUCAAGGAUUUAGGAGACGACCCGACCAAAACCGACAGAGUUCGAAUCUACCGAACGAAUGCUCGUCAAUACUUCCACACGGAUGGAGCUGAUCUUGUUGGCCUCCUUUGUAUCGCCAAAUCUCUAUCUGGCGGGGAGUCUGACAUUGCGUCCACGCACCAUGUAUUCAAUGUACUACAGGAGAGAGAUCCAGAUGUGACACGAACUCUAUGUGAACCCAACUGGUACUUCGACCGGAAGGGUGAGACGUCCGAAGGCGAAGAAGGCUGGAUUCGGGGUAGCAUCUUCUAUCUCGAAAACGAUAGCGGCAGGUCUAGCCCACGAGUCUACGCAAGGUUCGAUCCUAUGAACGUGACAUCGUUAUCACGUUUCAACUCGGGGCCUGAUGCAUGCAUACCCCCGUUGUCAGACAGACAAAAACACGCCCUGGAGGUAUUUGAGAAGACCUGCGGUGAGCUAUCGCUACAUAUGGUCCUAGCUCCAGGUGAUAUUCAAUUCCUGAGUAAUACACAUGUCUUCCAUGCACGAACAGCCUACACGGAUCAUCCACCUGGAGCGGUAGACGAAGACAGACAGCCUGCCCGACGACGGCAUUUGAUGCGACUUUGGCUGUCGGCCCCAGAAUCAGAAGGAGGAUGGAAGCUGCCGUACCACGAUACUUUGGAGAAGAAACGGGGGGGGCAUACAGGUUAA